CCUCCCAUGACAGGGUUCCAGAAGAAGGUUCUUGUCUGCCUGAGCUAUGCCUACUGCAUGGGCUACGCCAGGUCUGCUAUUAUGGCGCCUUUCUUCCCAAGUCAGGCUGCCGAGCGAGGUGCAUCGGAGACGAUUGUUGGCUUCAUCUUCGGCUACUACUCCCUCAUCGCCUUCCUGUCGGCUCCCAUCAUAGGGAAACUGAUCUCUCACACGGGUCCCAGGUUCAUGUUCCUAUGUGGUUCUCUGGUCGGGAUGUGCGUCUGGGUCCUCACUGGAGUGAGUGGCUACACGUCCGGCGGGCCGUUUAUCGGUCUGUGCUUCGCGGUUUUCACGGUAGAGGGCUUCUGCUACUCCGCCUUCGAGAUCUCCCUCAUGGCGACAGUCGCACGGGUCUAUCCGGGAAGGGUCUCAACCGUCAUGGGCACGAUGGAGAUAUUCAUUGGUGUGGGAACCAUGCUGGCUUCACCUGCAGGCGGAGCGCUGUUUGAGUGGGGAGGUUACCUGGUGCCGUUCGUAGUAGCCGGGUUGCUUCUGGGAUCCUGCGCCUUUGUCGUCUGUAUCAUUCCAACAAAUGCUGACGACGUGAAGUCUGGUUCACUGACGCGGCUGGCUACCAUUCCGGAUAUACUGGUUGUAGCUGGCGUCAUAUUUUCUGUCUACCUCAUCUAUGCAUUCCUGGACCCCACACUGGAGCCCCACCUAACGGGAAAGUUCAAGAUCUCACAGACAGAGGUCGGAGUGGUCUUCAUGGUAGGAAACGGUGCGCAUGCGCUGGCAUCACCCUUUUGGGGAUGGCUAGCAGAUAAAUAUGUGGUAAGUGCCCCAUUGCAAAUGACAGUCGGUGUUCUGGUGUCAGCUCUCGCCUUCACGUUUCUCGGCCCGGCUCCCUUCUAUGGUACCACAGGGAUGAUCUGGGAGAUUUACGUUGCUCAGGUUGUUUUUGGAAUCGCCAAGUCCGCCGCCAUCGUGCCGACGUAUGCAGAACUGCUGCUAGCCGCUAGAGCGGCUGGGAUGCCAGAAGACCUCGGAACGUAUGGCGUCAUCUCCGGUGUAUAUGACCUCAUGAUGAAUCUUGGGUAA